CCCGACUUCUAGGUCGGAAGCUCACAGACUGCCUAGAGGCCGAUCUGAGUUUUGCAGAAAUGAAGUGCGAAAAACCCGCGAUCUAACGUAUGCCCAGCGAGACAAGGAGGAAAAUAGAGGCAUACCUGGAACUACCGACGCCGAAUACGAAAUUCUCCUCAUACCUGUUUCAUUCUAUCGGUGAACGAGUCGAUCAUCAAGCAUAAACAUGUUCCGUUGUGAAUCACCGUAUACAGACUUGAUCAGAAGAGUACCAUGUUUCCCGCUGAUACCAACGCAAGCAAUCAACACCAGGACGAAGGAAGCAGAGGUCCAUCGCAAAUCACCUUACCAUAUACAUUGUCUGAGACCGUACGCAGUAGUUCAGCAUCGGAACAUCCAUGCGAGUUGUAUACAAGAAAGCUUCUCGAUGUCAACUUGGGCGCCCAAGACAACUAUGAAGGAUCAACCACGACCAACUUAACAAAGAAAUACUGGAGCCUAGAAGAGCUGAAACUGUUUAUGAGCAACGAAGAGCAUUGUGGGAUUUAGAAGCGAGUGGCCCUGUUGUGUCAACAACCAGAUCCCGAAAGCGC